AUGAUGCGACCGAGAGACCCCCGAGUGCGGCAGACGAUCAACCAGAUCUCUCACAAUCUCGAGUCCGCAAAUGAGACGGCACAAGAAGGAAUCUACACAUUUGCCCACAAUUAUAUUGUUCCUUGCUUUACCUCAAUCGGGAACUGCGUUUACUCAUGUACUGCGCCGUGCAUUCCCAAGCGCGAAGACCACCUCCGACGUCGCCGCCGACGUUACGCAGAUUUCGAUUUCUACGACGACUGGGAUAACGAGGAUGUGGAAGAUACGAUUCUAGGAUGGGGGACGGACGAGCUCGACCGUCUGCUGGCAGGGAGCGGGUUAGCGCGGGGAAGCUCUGAGCAGCCUCGCAGACAAAGGAAGAUGAGCUAUGGUGCUCGCCGGGCCAGUAGGAGAAAAAGCGGACUGUUGAUACCUGAUGAGCGGGAUGAUCCGACUGUCAUUCCAAGUUCUUCGUUUCUGGGAUUUCUCGAGCGGUUUCCGUGGAGAUUUGGUGCGCGAGGGUUGAAGUACAGACCCUCUGCUGCUGACUUGCAGGAGCACCCGGCGGGGCUGCGCCAUGUACACGAGGAAAGCCCACUGAUUGAGUCUGGUGAAGAAGUGGACGAAGAGACGGCUAAUGGUGGCAACGGGCGUUACCGAAGCUCUACACAAUCAUCGCGUGAAACGGCGAACUCGCUCAGCUCCCGAGGUGAUCUCCUUCCAAGCGAUGAAGAAGAUGCGAUACCGCUUGACGAUGAAUUCGCCAUGGCGCUUACUCGCCGAGGAACAGGGCUAGAGUCGGACGACCAGGAGGGAGGUAAGCCUGAGAGCAUGAGGUCUGCGUCGGGCACAUUCAGUAUCGCACCUACCACAUCAUCAAAGAGCUCAGGGAAGCAGAAAAAGAAAAAGCGAACCAGCAGAAUGCGGUCGCCUCAGAGUUCAUAUGUGGAGGUUUCACGCGACAUGCCAGUCUCAAUUGAGGAUCUCAAGAGGGAGGAGGAGCAGGCUGCAAGGGAAGAGGAGAUGGAAAUCGUACGGAAACGGCUCGCUGCACGACAGUUAGCUUUGAGCCGUGGAAUCAGUAUUGAAGACGUUAGGAUCGCUUCCAUACCUCCAUCUCCAUCUGCAGGUGUACCUUCAGAAGCUGACGCUUCCGACAACCCUCCCAAACCGCAAAUUCGAAACGAAGUCCAUCACCAUAAUGCCGUAAUAUCCGAAGAACACCUAAUAUCGGAAUCCGAUUUACGAACAGAACCAUUUCCGCCUUUGCCCGAGUCUGAUGAACCCACUUCUCCCUUCCAGGUUGACCAAAUUCGAAACUCGAAUGUGCCGCUUACGCACGUAGAACCAACGCCUGAACUCGAUGUUGGCGCCUCAAGCUCCACGCAUAAUACUGAUACAACUUGA